AUGGUACCGUGGAAAGUGUUUCGAAUACAGUUCUAUAGGAAGUAUUUUCCAAGCUGGGGUCAAGGCAAUUUCAGGAGUCCGAAUAACAAUGCUAAUCAAGGAAGAAGGUGUGGAAAGCAGCCACAGCAAGACUUAAGUUGUCAUAGGUGUGGAAAGCAUCAUCCGGAAAUUCCAUGCAGAGUAGGAUUAUGGGUGUGUUUCUUUUGUGGACAUCAUGGGCACCUAGCAUGUAAUUGUCCAAAGAAGAAGAAGUAUGAGACUGGUAGAGUACAGCAGUCAGGGAGAGUAUUCACUACUUUUGCAGCGGGUGCCGAGGGAUCUGAGGCCUUGAUCAAAGGUAACUGUGAAGUAACUAGUAAAAUUUUAAGUGCUUUGUUUGAAACUGGGGCGACGCAUUUAUUUAUAGCAUUUGAACGGGCUAGUAAGUUAGGAUUGAAGAUUGUGGUCUUAGGUUAUAAUCUAAAGGUGCAUAAUGCCACUUCUAAAGCCGUUAUGACUAGGUUAGGAUGUCCACAAGUCUCGUUUUGGGUUCAACAACGUGAUUUCGUUCAUGAUUUGAUCUGUUUAACGAUGAUUGGUCUGGAUCUCAUUUAUGGACUGGAUUGGUUAUCUAAGAAUCAUGUUUUGCUUGACUGUUAUAAGAAAUCAGUGUACUUUAUGCCGGAAGGAUUGGAAGGGCCGGUUGCGGUGAAUAGCUACUAUUUGAAAUCAGCGCACUUGCAUAUGCAGACGAGGUAA